AUGUCUUCUGAGAGAGAAUAUAAACCCGUUACUGUGGAAAAGCCUAUAGAAAACACAUACGAUCUUGGGAAUCUUGCGACUUUUGAUGCAAACCCAUUGUCAAAUGAUAAGCUUAGAAGCAAGAGUGAAUCUGAAAAGGAACAAUAUAUAUCUUCAAUCACCAGAGAUAACGUACAGCUUUUGAUAAACCAGAUAUUGUCCUUGCCUGUAAAGACGACUACCGAUAAUCAAGGAUCAUCGACGGGACAGAGCUCGUCAAUGACUUUAAUUCAGUUACCAGAACCAACAACAUCGUUGCCACGUGAAAAGGCCAUUCCUAAACCGAAGCCGCCAACUAAAUGGGAGCAGUUUGCCGCCAAGAAAGGUAUCAAGCCAAAGGCCAAGGAUGGGAAAUUGGAAUACGAUGAAGAAACAGGUGAGUGGGUACCCAAAUGGGGAUAUAAAGGUAAAAACAAGAGUAUGGAUGAUCAGUGGUUGGUGGAAUUGGAUGACAAACCAAAGAAACGGGGCAGAGAUGAUGGCGAUGAGUUGAUUGACCCAAGAACGUUAGCUAGAGCUGAGAGAAAGAAGCUAAUAAAGAAGAAUGAGUUGCAACACAAGCGAAAUUUAAGAAACGCGUCAAAUUAA